CGGCCGCCUUCGCAGCCGGCGGGAUGGGGCGCUACUCGGGCCAGACCUGCCGCCUGCUCUUCAUGCUGGUGCUGACCGCCGGCUUCUUCGUGGCCGAGCUGGUCUCCGGCUACCUGGGCAACUCCAUCGCGCUGGUGUCGGACUCGUUCAACAUGCUCUCGGACCUCAUCUCGCUGGGCGUGGGCAUCGCCGCCGGCCGCAUCGCCCGCCGCGCCCGCCGGGGCCCCGCCGCCACCUACGGCUACGGCCGCGCCGAGGCGGUGGGGGCGCUGGGCAACGCCGUCUUCCUCACCGCCCUCUGCUUCACCAUCCUGGUGGAGGCGGUGCAGCGCCUGGCCCGGCCCGAGCCCAUCGACGGCCCCGCGCUGGUGCUCAUCGUGGGGGCGCUGGGCCUGGCCGUCAACCUGCUGGGGCUGCUCAUCUUCCAGGACUGGGGCUCCUGCUGCAGCCGCCUGCAGCCCCGCGCCGCCACCCCAGAGCCGCUCCAGGAGGUGCCCGGCCCCGGGCGGGAGGAGGCUGCUGAAGCAGAAUUUAUACACAACACAGGGUUGUUUCUUUGAAUGCAGGUGAUUCCCUGAACACUCAGAAAAGGCCUGAAGAGCAGACAGUACAGAAAAAAGAGAAAAAGUCUGAAGCUUUGAACAUCAGAGGUAGAGGGUUUUUGUUUUGUUUUUUGUUUUUUUAAAGACUUUUUUGAAGUAGAGCUGGUCAAAAUUUUCCAAAUUUCAAUUUAUAUUUGUUUUCAGAAUUCCAAUGAAAAUAAAAAUGAUGAUAGUUUUCACAAUUUUUGACUAACUCGGGUUUUUUUUACGUUCUUAGGCCAGGUCCACAAAUGGUUGGAAGUGGCAAUGAUUACUUCAGUGAAAUCAAUGGAGCAUUUGAGGAUCUGGCCCUCUGUGUGUGUUCAUAUUUUUAUUUUUGAUUGCACCCUUUUAAACAGCUUUAUCUUCAAAGUCUCUUCCUCUAAUUUUAACUGACUGAAGUCCCCAUGCUCUUCUUUUUGGUCUAUUUCUUGAGCAUCAUUACCAUAGUAUUUCAGUAUUUUUAGCUAAAGUGCUGGAGCACAGUUUCCUUUAAAGACUGGUAUCAAUGAUGCCCCAUAGUCGGGUAAAGAGUGCUGAAGAACAGCAUAGUGGUUCUGCAGCCCUGUUGUUCUGUGGACUGUUUCCUGACAGAGACCCUCUUACGGACCACCUCUCCUCCAAGCAGCCCCAUCCUCACAUUUAUUUCUCAAAAUAUUUAUUUCUGUCCAACACUAGAAAGGAUCCACAGAGCUCUGAAUAUCUGCAGAAUGAAAUAUGCUAAUUAACCUAUUCUGGAAGGUAACCUGCAUGCCCUUAAAAUAAACAAACAAAACUAACUAGAUAUGUAGAUGCAUCCCGAACGCCCCAAAUGCAUCCAGAGCAUAACUGAUUUUAAAUACACUUUUUCUUUAAAAACAAUAAAAAAAAAAGUCCCACCAAUAAUACUUAGUGUUUUGAUUAAAUAAAAUGCUAUUAAAAAUGUUAAGCAAAAAUUUUUCUUGGUCACAGAUCACCAUCUCUUGCACCAGUGUGAUGUUCCCACAUCCAUUAUGCAGGUAGUGCCAAGUGAAUCCAAUAUA